AUGGCCACCUUACUCAGACGGCCAGGCAAUCUUGCUCGAUAUUCGAGGAGAGCUGCAGAAUGCAUCAAUCGCGCAGGUCCGCUCUCUGCGCGAGCCUCACAGUCGAGACUAUCAUCGUUGAUCACCGCACACCGCGCUAGAACCUAUGCUACCCAGAGCCCCGGGGGUCCGAAGCCACCGAACGACAAGGACGGCCAGAACCACGCAACACCGGGCCCUGAGAACAAUGGUGGCAAGCCUGAGGAGGGAAAGACGCCGAAGGAAGCCGAAUCCCCGUUGAGUAAGGAGCAGCGGGAGCAGGUCAACGUCUUUAUCAACCACCUGAAGAAUAAGGUGCCACCGUCGCAACAUCAGAUGCUGGAUGACAUGCGGACACUGCUGCUGAGGGAAGGAUUACCGCCGGAAAUGCGGAGUUUCAUCAAGAAGCACCUCCAGUCCGGUCGGCCAGCUUCUUUGAUGGACUAUGUCAAAUUAACACGGCAUAUGUCGCAGCACAUGACCGAAUACGCCCAGAAGUUAAACGAGAUCGAGGAGGACCGGAAUAAGGAGAAGGCUAAGUCGGAGGGUGGCGCACAGAGUGAGCAGCAGAAGCAGCAAGAGGGACAACAAAAGGGCCGGGACAAGAUUCCGCCGAAUGCUAAGGUCCUCGAGUUCAAGUUCGAUCCUGCCACAUUCCUCAUCACCUCCCUCAUCACCUACUACGUCUACCGCAGCUUCUUCCCCGGCGAAGAUAGCAAGGAGAUCACAUGGCAGGAGUUCAGAGCGAACUUCUUCGACAAGGGCUUGGUGGAGAAGCUGACUGUCAUCAACAACAACCAGGUCCGCGUGGAAUUGCAUCGUGACGCUUUGGCACGGGUAUACCCCGACUCACCAGCCAACCAGCCCACUUUCCACUACUACUUCAGCAUUGGGUCUGUGGAUAGCUUUGAGCGCAAGCUGGAUGAAGCCCAGCAUGAGCUGGGAAUCCCCAGUGCCGAGCGGAUCCCCGUUGCUUACGUUAAUGAAGUACAUUGGGCUAACACGAUCUUGUCCUUCGGUCCUACCCUUCUCCUGAUCGGUUCCUUCUUCUGGCUGUCGAAACGUGCCGCCGGCGGUGCAGGUGGCCAGAGUGGAAUUUUCGGAAUCGGCAAAAGUCGGGCUAAGCGCUUCAACCAUGAGACGGACAUCAAGAUCAAAUUCUCCGAUGUAGCGGGUAUGGACGAGGCAAAGGUCGAAAUUAUGGAGUUUGUCAGUUUCCUCAAGCAUCCUGAGAAGUUCCAGAAGCUCGGUGCCAAAAUUCCUCGCGGUGCUAUUCUUUCGGGACCUCCCGGUACGGGUAAGACGUUGCUCGCAAAGGCCACCGCUGGUGAAUCUGGCGUGCCUUUCUUCAGCGUCAGUGGUUCCGAAUUCGUAGAGAUGUUCGUCGGUGUCGGUCCCUCCCGUGUCCGUGAUUUGUUCGCCAAUGCUCGGAAGAACGCGCCUUGUAUCAUUUUUAUUGAUGAAAUCGAUGCCAUUGGUAAAUCCAGAGCCAAGCAGAGCUUCGGCGGCGGUAACGAUGAGCGGGAGAGCACACUGAACCAGAUUCUUACUGAGAUGGAUGGAUUCAACACCUCGGAACAAGUUGUCGUCCUUGCUGGUACCAACAGACCCGACGUCCUUGACAAGGCUCUGAUGCGACCUGGACGAUUCGACCGGCACAUCGCUAUCGACAGACCGACGAUGGAUGGUCGCAAGCAGAUCUUCCGCGUACACCUGAAGAAGAUCGUCACUAAGGAAGAUAUGGAUUACCUGACAGGCAGACUCGCUGCUCUGACUCCCGGCUUUGCAGGUGCUGACAUUGCCAACUGUGUCAAUGAGGCAGCUCUAGUUGCGGCCCGCGAGAACGCGGAUUCGGUCACCAUGAAGCAUUUCGAACAGGCCAUCGAGCGUGUCGUCGGAGGCUUGGAGAAGAAGUCACUUGUGCUUUCGCCCGAGGAGAAGAAGACCGUCGCUUAUCAUGAGGCCGGACACGCCAUCUGUGGCUGGUACUUCCGCUGGGCUGACCCCCUGCUAAAGGUUUCGAUCAUUCCUCGAGGCCAAGGAGCUCUGGGUUACGCCCAGUACUUGCCAGCCGGCGGUGACACCUACCUGAUGAACGUUAAUCAGAUGAUGGAUCGCAUGGCCAUGACCCUGGGAGGCCGAGUCAGCGAAGAGUUGCAUUUUGACACCGUGACCAGCGGCGCCAGCGAUGAUUUCAACAAGGUCACGCGCAUGGCCACCGCCAUGGUGACGAAAUUCGGCAUGUCGCCCAAGCUCAAGUACAUUUACUACGAAGAAGAUCAACAGCAGCUCCACAAGCCUUUCUCCGAGGACACUGCCCGUGAGAUCGACAGUGAGGUCCGCCGCAUUGUCGACGAGGCGUACAAGCAAUGCCGCGCCCUGCUCACCGAGAAGAAGAAGGAGGUCGGCAUUGUUGCGGAAGAGCUUCUCUCUAAGGAGGUCCUCAGCCGUGAUGACAUGAUCCGCCUCCUUGGGCCCCGGCCAUGGCCCGAAUCUAGCGAGUUUACGAAGUACUUCGACGGCGGCCGCGGACAGACCAUUGCUCCCCCCGAGCCUACGCCACCACUUGAAGAGUCCGAGGGCAAGGAUGGAAGAGAUCAGACACCCCUGCCUCCCUCUUAG